AUCCAUAUAUAUCUCUUAUUAUGGUUUAUACAAGUAUAUUAAUAAGUAGUGUAAUUGCAAUAGAAGGUGUAUUUUAUACAUGUUUUAAUUUUGAUCAAUUUAGUCAACUUAAACGACCUUUAAUUAUUUCAUUUCUUUCUCUUCUUAUUGUCUCGAUAUCAAAUCUUGAUAAAAUAUUUGGACGAAGUUUAUUAAUUGAUCAAUCUGGUAAUUUUUAUUGUACAUAUAAAAAAUAUUCAUUUAAAUAUUGGUCAAUAAUUUUAUAUUAUAUUUAUAUAAUUAUUCCAUGUUUAAUUCAUAUGAUAUGUAUUAUAUGUGUUCUUUUAUUAUUAAUAAAAGAAAAUUGUUUUCAAAAAAUUACUACCCAUAAAAGUUGGCUUAUUCCAUCAUUAUUUAUUAUUUUUUGUAUGUUUUUAAAUGGUUUAUUUCUUAAUUUAUUUAAUUUUUGUUUAACAUAUCCAUCAAAUAAUAUAAAUCGUUUACAUAUUAUAUUUAUUUUUCUUCUUUAUACUCCACAAGUAUUUACAUACAUAAUUUAUGUUAUACCAAAUGAUUUUUAUAUUAAAGAAUUUUUUCAAAUGUGGUUUUAUAGAAAACUAUGUUGUUGUUUUUAUAAUAGACAACGACAUUUACAAAAAUUUGACGUUAUACAUAUGUUAUGGACAAGACGAACUUCAUUAGAAAAUAAUACAACAAUAUCAGGCCUUGAUAAUCCGUAUGUUGACAGUGAAUUUUAUAAUAGAAUUCAGAUGUAA